AUGAGCGUCGUUCUCUCCAGGGACAGCCAGGUGAGGGUGAUGGAGGACACGGUGACCAACGCCGAGAAGCACUUGGGCCAGUUCUGCUCGAUGCUGGCUGCCUACACCCGCAAGACGGCCCAGGUGCGGGACAAGGCCGACCGGCUGGUCAAACAGCUCACCGACUUCGCCAACACCGAGCACCCCGAGAUGCGGGCCACCUUGAGGAGCUUCGCCGAGGACCUGGCCAAAGUCCAGGAUUACCGGCAGGCCGAGGUCGAGAGGCUGGAGACCAAGGUCAUCAGCCCCCUGAAACUCUACGGGGCCCACAUCAAGCAGACGCGGGCCGAGAUCAAGAAGCUAAAGCAAGUCCAGAAGAACGAGAUCAAGCAACUGGCAAAGCUGGGGAGACUGAGGCAGAAGUCACCGUCGGAUCGGCUAACGAUUAGCCAGGCAGAGACCAGCGUGCAGAGGGCCUCGGCAGAUGCCAGCCACACCACCCACCAGCUGGGGGAGAUGAUUGAAGCCUUCCAGAAGCGGAAGCUCACAGAUCUUCAGAAAAUUUUUUCUGACUUUGUCACUAUUGAGAUGGUCUUACAUGCCAAAGCGGUGGAGGUAUAUUCCAGCGCCUUCCAGACCCUGGAGAACUACAACCCGGAGAGAGACCUCGAGGAUUUUCGAGCCAAGAUGCACGGGCUCUACGGACAUCGCAAUGCUCGGCCACUCACGGACACCGUCUCCCCCCCGGCUGUCCCGUGGUCUCUCACUGGCCAGAGCGCUCAGACGGCCCUACGGGGCGAGAGAAGAGAAGACGAGGCGACUAUGGAAGCUUCUGCCGAGGAAGACCUCAGAGGACGGGGGCGGGCGCUCCAUCAAUAG